AGAGAGAGAGAGAGAGUGAGUCAAGGUGGAUGGCGGACAUAUGUUUUAGAUUCUGGAAUAAGAAAGACAAAUGAGAAAAACCCUGGUCUCCCGUUCUGCCACUUAUUAAUUUUUUUCAUUAUAUUAUAGAAAUAAGGCUCAUCUUUUCUCAUUACCUUUUUGAAAUCUUGUGACCCUUCCAUGUCUUUCCUCCUCCAGCUAUUAUAGUCCCUCUCUCUCUCUCUCUCUCUCUAUAUUAUAUAUAUUACAUUAUCUUGAACACAAUCAUCAAGUUAUAAUUAUAGAGAGAAUUGUAGCUUACUUGAACCUCACAAGAACACACAAACAAACAUGGGGAGAGCUCCUUGCUGUGACAAAGCCAAUGUGAAGAAAGGCCCUUGGUCACCUGAGGAAGAUGCCACACUCAAGGCCUACAUUGAGCAGAAUGGCACAGGUGGAAACUGGAUAGCCUUGCCGCAGAAGAUAGGCCUUAAGAGAUGCGGGAAGAGCUGUCGUCUUAGAUGGUUGAAUUAUCUCAGACCAAACAUUAAGCAUGGAGGGUUUUCUGAGGAAGAAGAAAACAUUAUUUGCAGCCUCUAUGUUAGUAUUGGAAGCAGGUGGUCCAUCAUCGCUGGUCAAUUACCAGGACGAACUGAUAAUGAUAUAAAGAACUACUGGAACACAAGGCUGAAGAAGAAGCUCCUAGGAAAGCAACGCAAAGAGGAACAGGCUCAGGCUCAGGCUCACGCUCACGCUCAGGCACAGGCUCGGCGAGCUAAGCAAGAAAUGAAGAGAGAGAGCUAUGAGAAUUUUAUGGUUCCUGGGGCCAUGAACCAGGGCCCAUAUUGGCCUGUAGAGCUCCCUGUGGCAGUGCCAAUAGUGUGUGCAGCCCAAUACCCUCCUCCUCUUGAGGACCAAGCAGCUCUUACAAAUUUUCUGAUCAAACUAGGAGGAAGAUUUUCAGACAAUCAUCAACAACCAAACCUCACCACCACCACCACCACUGAUUUUCAAUAUCCCAUUGAUAAUCAUAUCAUUUCCUCGCCUCAAGAUCAACUAUAUGCAAACUCAAUGAGUAUGCUUACUUCGUCAACAACUACCAAUUCCGUUGGCAGUACUUGUACUCAAUUGACAAACAUGGUUCAAGGGCUUGAAAAUUUCCCAUGUGAGGUAGAGUUGGGCUAUAACAAUCCACAACAACAACUAAAUGGGUUGGAUGGAUUUUAUGGAAUGGAAAUGGUCAAUGCUAGCACUGCAGGGACUACUACUACUAGUUCUUGUGAAAGCGCUAGCUGGGGAGACAUAAGUUCUUUGGUUAAUGUUUAUCCCCCUUUGGUUUCUGACUAUGAAGGGACACCACAACCACAAGAUUCUGCUUUUGGAGAUUUGAGUUACUUCAGGCCGAUACAAUAGCAGCACUGUACAUGGGUGGUGUAUAUUUGUACCAGUAGAGGAUUUGAUUUCAGGAUUUCACAAAAAAAAAAAAAAAAAAAAACUAAUGAAUUCACUCAUUUAGAGUUCUUUUUCAAUUGUUCUGCAGCUAGUUGCACGUUCACACUGACUUCUUAUAUAUGCUAUUCGUUUUAAAUAAUUUCUCUUCCAGGCUGGGGUUCUCUUUUGCAACCAUGAUUGUUGGACUGAAUUGAUUUUGGGUCAGGUUUUAUUGCUGAAUUGGAAUCUUAGGACUAUGAAACUCGGAACUGUAACAGUGUUCUACUGCAAUUGGAUCCAGUGUUCCUGCCACUUUAAGCACAGUCGCGUUUGUUCCGUAUUGACUGGUCUCCUUGAUCAUCCAUUUCUUGAUUACAGCCUAAAAUGUACCUUUAUGUAGUAUUUUUUUUUUCUCCUCCAACACAUGGGUUGAAUUGUAUCUUUCACAAAGUUCUCCUGAAACCUCCAUGAAAAGGUAGUAAAAGUUUGGAAAGGUGCUUUGACAUUUUGGCCGUGACUUGCUCGGCUCUAGCAAAUAGGGCAUCAAAAUAUGGCUUCUUUCUUUUAUUGGUUUCUUCGUGUCUGUAAUAACAAUCAGAUCUGUGAAAGCACAUCUUAUCUUUCAUGUAAUUCCAACUAGAAUGAGGAAAAUUUAAGUUUCUGAGUA